UUUUACACUUUUGUGUCUACUUAAGUGUAAAUAUGUAUUGUGAUUAUUUGGUUUUACUUUUUCUUGGGUUCGCGGCAAAAGAUUCGGAACACGAGUCCGGCGAGGAUGUCGGUAACAAAAUAUCUAAUGUAUUGAAAGAAGUAUCUAAAUAUUGUAAAGGUGAAACAUACCAUGGCCCUCCCUACCUUCCACCACCACCACCGACACCACCAACCGAACCAUCGUAUGAUUUUGACAAUCACUUUGUUUAUCAAGAACCUGAGAGUAUUUAUAAAGACCUAAUCCACCCGAUGGAAUAUUACCCUUAUAGAGUUGAUGAUUAUCUUGAAGAACAUCGUGUACCACACCAUGGGGUACCGUUCCAAUACGAUUCUGCAAAUGUCACUCCCAGUAGACGUAUGCAAAUCCUGCAACAGCAAUACGGCGAACUGCCAAUUGUAUCUGGUACUAACGAAUUAGUGAAGGUUGUGAAUAAUAAUCAAGUAGCUAUGGUUAGAAUACCGGAACCGGUAGUUAUGAAUCUGGUGACACCGGACCAGCUGUCAGUGUUGUACCAGAAAAAUCAAGCGUUCGAUGUACCGUCAACUGAUCCAUCGAUGCCAAGGUUGAUCGCGAUGACAACGAGAGUUCUGUCUUCCAUUUUAAAAGCAAAGAAGAGAUUCCACAACGUGAUCGACCACGGCGUCGCUGGCGCGGAGAACUUAUUCGGAGGUAUACAUGAAGCUGCCGGCGGUAUCGCGGAGCUCAUUGGAGGCGGCGCGCACGGACUUCUAGACUUGGUAGUUUAG